AUGACCGAGGAGCAGCAGCUUGCUAUUACAGUUGCCCGUUCUCGUCCCCUGGAUGGCCCUCUUCCUCCUGGUUUCGACGUCGAGACCUUGCCCGUCUACCGCGCCCCCAUCUCCCACCCCAACAUGACUGUCAAUCCUCGUUCUGCUGUCUCCAGUUCCGCCCCUGAGCACGAUGGAGCUGUCGGGGAAGCUGUCACUGCUGGUGUCAAUGAUGCUGUUCCCCGAGCUGUCCUCAGUGCUGUGGCCCAUCCCAUCGCGGUCGCUUCCACCCCUGAGACCCAGACCUGCCACUGGGCUACCUGCACCAAGACCUUCUCUGGCUUCAACGCCCCUACUUUCCUCUGUCUGCACCUCACCAACGAGCACGUUGAGCGUCCCGUCAUCGAUCCCAACUGCAAGUGGAUCAAUUGCGCCUACUCCAACAAGACUCGCAGAUUCUUGGUGUCCCACGUCGGGACUCAUGUGCCUGACUACAAGCUCUUGGUGUGCGAUGAGUGCGGCCGCGGCUUCCAGCAGCCCGCUCAUCUCGUCCGCCACCAGGGGACUCAUCGUUGA